CCGGACUCCCUGAAGGGGCCUGCGGUACUGGCGCGACCCGGCCGCCGCGCGCUCCUCCGGCCGGCGGAGCCGGUCCCGGCACUGCCUCCACGCCGCUGACCCGCGGGGGCUGGACGAACUGCUGUUCCUCGCGCCGGCACGCGGCGGACUAGGAAACUAAGCCCGGUUUUGGUUCUUUUUAACCCUUCCGAGAAGAGGCAAGGAAAGAAGGGGGUGUGUGUCUGGGGAGGGCGAAGGAGCCUCGAACACCUCCUCUUAACUCUCGCAGCCCCGCGAGCGAACGACUGCACCAGCUGCCUCCGGCCGGGAGCCGCCGACACAAGGCGGGGGGGGGGGGGGGGCGGGCAGCGCGGCAGCAGCAGCAGCGAGCGAGUGCGGCCUGGGAGGCUUCGGGGCGCCCCCUCACCCCCGCCGGGCGGCAGCCGCGGGAGCGGGCUGGGGGCGCCGGAGGCACGCUCCGGCGAUGAAGCGGCAUCCCCCGCGGCUGGUGCGAGCCGGUGCCAGGGUCCAAGGACAAAGCAGGGAAGCGCUGGUGGCGCCGCUCCUCGGGCUGAGGGGGGGGCAUGCACCUGCAUAGCCCGCCGGGCCUUGGCUCUCCCCGGCUCGCCUCAACUCCGCCGCUCCGCCGUAGCCUGCUCGGGAUUUACUAGAAGCCAUUUUGUCUCCCCCACCCCUCCCCUCCCCACCCCUCCCCUCUGCCCUCCCCACCCCCUCGACUUCCCCCUUUUGUUAAUUAAAACUAAGAAGUAAGAAUGGCAACGACGUGGCCGGCUCCCGUGGAGAACGCUUAAGGACACCACGCCAAUUCCUUCCUUCCGAGAUGGAAAGAGGAGCUCCUAGCUCAUUUAAGCCGGGGUAGGGCUGGUUCUCCUUUCCGAGCCAAAAUCCCAGGCGAUGGUGAAUUAUGAACGUGCCACACCAUGAAGCUCUUGUGGCAGGUAACUGUGCACCACACCUGGAAUGCCGUCCUGCUCCCCGUAGUCUACCUCGCGGCGCAAGUGUGGAUUCUGUGUGCAGCCAUCGCCGCUGCCGCCUCCGCCGGGCCCCAGAACUGCCCAUCCGUUUGCUCGUGCAGUAACCAGUUCAGCAAGGUGGUGUGCACCCGCCGGGGCCUCUCCGAGGUCCCUCAGGGUAUCCCUUCCAACACCCGGUACCUCAACCUCAUGGAAAACAACAUCCAGAUGAUCCAGGCCGACACCUUCCGCCACCUCCACCACCUGGAGGUCCUGCAGCUGGGCAGGAACUCCAUCCGGCAGAUCGAGGUGGGGGCCUUCAACGGCCUGGCCAGCCUCAACACCCUGGAGCUGUUCGACAACUGGCUGACGGUCAUCCCCAGUGGGGCCUUUGAGUACCUGUCCAAGCUGCGGGAGCUCUGGCUUCGCAACAACCCCAUAGAAAGCAUCCCCUCUUAUGCCUUCAACCGCGUGCCCUCCCUCAUGCGCCUGGACUUGGGGGAGCUCAAGAAGCUGGAGUAUAUCUCCGAGGGCGCUUUUGAGGGACUGUUCAACCUCAAGUACCUGAACUUGGGCAUGUGCAACAUUAAAGAUAUGCCCAAUCUCACCCCCUUGGUGGGGCUGGAAGAGCUGGAGAUGUCAGGCAACCACUUCCCUGAGAUCAGGCCUGGCUCCUUCCAUGGCCUAAGCUCCCUCAAGAAGCUGUGGGUCAUGAACUCACAGGUCAGCCUGAUUGAGCGAAAUGCUUUUGAUGGGCUGGCCUCGCUUGUGGAACUCAACUUGGCCCACAAUAACCUCUCUUCUCUGCCCCAUGACCUCUUCACCCCACUGAGGUACCUGGUGGAGUUGCACCUGCACCACAAUCCUUGGAACUGCGAUUGUGACAUUCUGUGGCUAGCCUGGUGGCUUCGGGAGUACAUACCCACCAAUUCUACCUGCUGUGGCCGCUGUCACGCUCCCUUGCACAUGCGGGGCCGCUACCUGGUGGAGGUGGAUCAGGCCUCCUUCCAGUGCUCUGCCCCCUUCAUCAUGGAUGCCCCGCGGGACCUCAACAUCUCUGAGGGUCGGAUGGCGGAACUUAAGUGUCGGACUCCCCCCAUGUCCUCCGUGAAGUGGCUGCUGCCCAAUGGGACAGUGCUCAGCCACGCCUCCCGCCACCCAAGGAUCUCUGUCCUCAACGACGGCACCUUGAACUUUUCCCACGUGCUGCUCUCAGACACUGGGGUAUACACAUGCAUGGUGACCAACGUGGCCGGUAACUCCAACGCCUCGGCCUACCUCAACGUGAGCACGGCCGAGCUCAACACCUCCAACUACAGCUUCUUCACCACUGUCACAGUGGAGACCACCGAGAUCUCACCUGAGGAUACAACGCGCAAGUACAAGCCUGUUCCUACUACGUCCACUGGUUAUCAGCCGGCGUAUACCACUUCUACCACGGUGCUCAUCCAGACCACCCGUGUGCCCAAGCAGGUACCCGCGACAGACACCAAUGAUAAGAUGCAGACCAGCCUGGAUGAAGUCAUGAAGACCACCAAGAUCAUCAUUGGCUGCUUUGUGGCAGUGACUCUGCUAGCUGCCGCCAUGUUGAUUGUCUUCUAUAAACUUCGCAAGCGGCACCAGCAGAGGAGUACGGUCACAGCCGCCCGGACAGUUGAGAUUAUCCAGGUGGAUGAAGACAUCCCAGCGGCAGCGUCUGCAGCGGCAACAGCAGCUCCAUCCAGUGUAUCAGGUGAGGGGGCAGUAGUGCUGCCCACAAUUCAUGACCAUAUUAACUACAACACCUACAAACCAGCACAUGGGGCCCACUGGACAGAAAACAGCCUGGGGAACUCUCUGCACCCCACAGUCACCACAAUCUCUGAACCUUAUAUAAUUCAGACCCAUACCAAGGACAAGGUACAGGAAACUCAAAUAUGACUCCCCCUCCCCCCAAAAACUUAUAAAAUGCAAUAGAAUGCACACACAAACACACACACAUACACAAACACACACGAGACAGCAACUUUUGUACAGAGUGGGGAGAGACUUUUUCUUGUAUAUGCUUAUAUAUUAAAUCUAUGGGCUGGUAAAAGAAACAGAUUAUAUUAAAAUUUAAAAACAAAAAAUCAAAACAAAACUAUUUUCUAACUUGUAAGUUCUAUUUAAAGGGGGAGUGGGGUUCUUGGGAACGCUGUGGGGCUGAAGCCGCAAGUCAACUUGCUAUGAUGCCAGAAGGGAUUUCUGAUCUGAGGCUGAAACUGCUAAGCUAAGCUAAAACAAACAUCCCUAAAGAGGCACGGGCUGCUGAGGGGUGGGGGGCAGGCUGCCAUGUUUUAGAAGAUGCUUCAUAGCAUACAGGACUACCCAUUUCUAUAGACACCUUUCUUAAGCUGAGAGCUGUCUUUGCAGAUUUAUCUUAUUUUAAAAAUUCAAAAAAAGCACCAAGAAUUUGUACUGUGCCAAAAUGUUGAGAGGCAAUAAUUUUUUUUCUUCAGAAGCCGAGGGGAAGAUAGCUCUGUAACUGUGUUUUAAACAGGAAAACCACCAAAAUUCAAAUGACUCCCUAAAGGGGCUUAGUCUUCCCGUCUGUCCAUGUGCACAAGUCCCCUGGGUUUGUGCACUGGGACACGCGUGUGCCCUGCCUGACAGCGCGCCUCGGGAAGGAGCAGAGAAGGCAGGGAGCUGGCGUAGCUCUCAGUCAAAUGCUUUCACAUUGCACCAGAUUCCUGCAGAUGGGUUUAACCCACUCUUUGUGGGGACAUGUGUCUAUUCAGGGUUUCCCUUGAGAGGGAGGAGGCCCCUGAAGGGGGUGCGGCAGCAGAGGGCGGUGGGAAGGGAGAGCAGCAGCAGAGAGAAUGUAUUCACAGGAGGCCAUAAAUUAGCAUUGUGCCAUGUCCACCUGUUGUUCCCGGUAUCUGACAAAUGAUUGUAGACAAUGAUGGCAUUUUAUGAUUUUUCAUAAAGGUUUUGUUUGUUUUAAGGUGGAGAAGGAGGAGAGGCUGGGACUGGGGAGCUUGGGGGAGUGGAAGCUUUUCUCAUGCUUGUGAUUUGGUGACUAUUCUAAAUGCUGAUUCAUUAGGGAUUAUUACAGCUGAUGUCAACUGGUUGUGAUGAUGGGGUGGGGACAGAACAUAAGUGGACAGAGAAAAAGGGCACAGGCUCAUUUAAAGUACAGUGAAGCCUUGACAGAACAGGAUGGUUCACAAAAAAGAUGUGAAAUCCACAGUUAAAACAAGAGUGAUACACAUGCACACAAGAAGCGAGUUCUGUGAGGAGUCCUGUUGAACGUAGCGCAAUGGGGGGAAGGCUUCCCUCUCCCAGGCCUUACCUCAGGAGGAGGUGGAGGAGAAAGGGUGGGUGUGGGUGGUGAAGGCAGAGAUCUCUGUUAUUCUGGUCCAUUUAAUGCUGUAACUUCUUUCAUUUAUUAUUUUAGCUUUAAAAAGAAAUAAAGGGUUCAGAUUUGA